AUGAAGAAUGCUGCCUUGAAAUAUGCCGGUCUUUUGAUAUGGUUAUUAGUAUCUGAGCCUGUGAGAUGUGAGACUAUUAAACGUUAUAUGUUAAAUGUAAGAAAUUCCGCGAUAGGAGAAUCGCGAACUGUACGGUCAUUGUUGAAAUGUUCCGUACUUUUUGAAGAAUCUUCGCAAUAUUUAUCGUUUAAUUAUCGUAAAAAUGAUAAAACGUGUGAACUGAGUACACUUUACCCGGAAAGUUCAAAGUCAGAAUUUGACUGGGCAGUUUAUGCAUCUAUCUCCGGUGGUUAUCACUUGAGUACCACUACCGCCAAUUGGAAUACUGCAAAGGCAGCAUGUGAAAGUGCAUCUUCAAGACUUGUCAUAAUUGAUAGUCAACAGGAGAAGGACAAUUUGCUGUCGUUAAACAAUAAUCAAGACUUUAAUCAUUGGAUCGGACUGACGUGCGAUUUUGGUCGUGAUUGUACGUGGAUUGAUGGCCGUAGAGCUGAUUCAGGAUACCAAUCAUGGGCGGAAGGUGAACCGAACGAUGAAUUUUGUGUUUAUAUGGGUUGGCUUGGCAACAACUGGGAUGACACUAGAUGCAGCCAUAUGAAACUCUACAUUUGUGAAAAAAUCUGA